AUGGACGACCAAAUUGUUGACAAUGACAACGAUGUCGACCUUGUUCCGAGAGUUCACAUGUGCUUCGAGACACUUGAUGCAGUUAAAAAAUUUUACAGAGACUUUGCUAUUAGAACUGGAUUUGGUAUUAGAAUAAGAAGUUCAAAGAAGGGAAAGGACAACGAACUUAAAUAUGUUAAACUUGUCUGUUGUCGUGAAGGUAAUUAUGUCUCCACCAUACGUCCAGAGGUUAAGACACUACCUAGCCAGACCAAGCAAUGUCAGGCUGGAAUAUCGGUUGGUAAAAAAGAUGGGAAAUGGCACAUAAGAAGUGUUGUCAUGGAGCACAACCACAAUAUUAGUCCUAUUGAAUCAAGGCUGAUAUCAGGAAAUCAAAAGUUAAUAUUCAUGCUAGGCAAACAGUUGACAUAA